CCCGAUGGGCUCGGGUGGUAAUCCUCGAUCAAACAUGACUCGGGCCGGAGGGCGAAAUUGAUUCGCGCGCGCGUUUUCGAUUUUUCCACUGAAAAAUUUCCCAACUUUCGGUUCCGGGAAAAUUACACCAAAAAGUUACAUUGGAGUUUCAGUACAUAAUUGAACGUGAUUCGAGCCAUUCUCGUGUGAUUUCGUGUGGGAAGAUGUGCAAUGUAGUGACGAUGCGUGAGUGACGUUGUGUGUGGUUUGUGAAACGGUCGUCGGGACAGCUGGAAGCAUGAGCUGGGGAAUGACGGCCGGAGAUCGAGUGAGAUGCCUUCAGACGCAGCUGUUUCCGGUGUGUGCCACACUUGCUGCCAAAGCCGGCUACCUCGGAAGCUUCCUCUCCAACAGCCUCAAAACCAACCAGCUGGAGGUGAACACCGACUCGAAAACGCUCCGCCCGAUCGCUCGCCUCAAGGAACCGCGGGAACUUUUCGCACUGCCGAAGGAACGGGACUAUGACUGCCCACAGCAAGCCCCCAGAUGGCCGAUCGAGUGUCAGGUCCAGGAGGAACGCGUGUAUCACAUCAACUAUGCGCCGGAGUCGCCGGAACCGUACUACCAACCGACGGGGAAGGAGCUCCAGCCCCGGCCCGUUGGCGAGGAGAACGGGGUAAUCGUCUACAACUACAAUCCUACCAGUGCGGUUCAUUAUGAUCGCUGCUCGGACCGAUUCUACAGCAGUCCGGUACUAGAUCUGGACGACGACUCCAACUGGCACUACUUUGGCUACAGUGACGAUGAAGCAAAUGGUUCAUCCACAGACACUGAUACCGAAGACAAUGGUCUUCUGCGGUACGGCCCUAGCGAGUUUAACUCAAAGCUGACAAUCGGCCAGAUGAACGACGAAUCAGAGAUCUUCAUGGGGGGUCAGCUAAAGAAGUUGACAUUGGAACAGCCACAGCCACAGCCUCAUUCGCAAACUUCGGAGUCAUCGUCCAAAGACGAAGAAGAGGACGAGGAGGAAGACGACGCCGAGCAGGUUGACAUUUCGUCCUCUUCGGCAAGUCCCGUUCAGAACAACGGUGCGACUCCCACCCCCGCACAAAACUUCUACGCUAGUGAUCCAGAAUCCGACAACGACUCGGAGGGCGAGCAGAGCAAGCACGAAAUCAAAUCAGCACCAACACUGUUGCACCUCAACUCCACAGCCAUGCAUCACAACAACAGCAACAACCCACUCAACACCGAUACACUUUCGUCAACUCUCGAUGAUGGUUCAUCACCGACUACUUCCGUUCCGCAGUUUAGCCGUUCGACGGUCGGAGGUUCGAAGGCCCAACCGACGGCCCAACCGAAUGCGUUCGAUCCGGACGAUCUGGUCUUCGAGUCCCGGUUCGAGAGCGGCAACCUCGGCCGAGCCAUCAAGAUCACGCCAACCUACUACGAGCUGUACCUGCGGCCGGACAUGUACACCAACCGGCACACACAGUGGUUCUACUUCCGGGUGAAGAACACCAAAGCCAAGAUGGUCUACAGGUUCUCGAUCAUCAACCUAACGAAGCCGGACAGCCUGUACAAGGAGGGCAUGCGACCGUUGAUGUACUCCACGCUGUGCGCCGAGUACAACCACAUCGGUUGGCAGAGGUGCGGGGAGAACAUUGCCUACUUCCGGAACGAUAGCGAAAAUGGCUACAAUCACAGCAACUACCAUCACCGGCCGUGCGACGAUGACGACGAGGAGUUCGUUGGGAAUGCUUCGUUCACGCUGUCGUUCAACAUUGAGUUCAAGUACGACGACGAUACGGUGUUCUUUGCCCACAGCUAUCCGUACACCUAUUCGGACCUGCAGGACUAUCUGAUGAGCAUCCAGCGGAAUCCGGUCAAGUCGAAGUUUUGCAAGCUGCGGCUGCUGUGCCGCUCGCUGGCGGGGAACAACGUGUACUACCUGACGGUGACGGCUCCCUCGACGCACGAGGAUGACAAUCAGAAGAAGAAGAAAGCGGUAAUCAUCAGCGCACGUGUUCAUCCAGGCGAGAGUCCUUCGUCGUGGAUGAUGAAGGGCCUCAUGGACUUUAUCACCGGUGAUUCAUAUGUGGCGAAAAAGCUUCGCCACAAGUUUAUCUUUAAGCUAGUGCCUAUGCUCAAUCCGGACGGCGUCAUCGUGGGAAACACCCGCAGCUCGCUGACCGGACGUGAUCUCAACCGACAGUACCGGACCGUGAUUCGGGAGACGUAUCCGUCCAUCUGGAACACGAAGGCAAUGAUUAGAAGACUGAUGGAGGACUGUGGCGUCGCGAUGUACUGCGACAUGCACGCCCACUCACGCAAGCACAAUGUGUUCAUCUACGGGUGCGAGAAUCUGAAGCGACAUCCCGACCGGCGGCUGCUGGAGCAGGUCUUUCCGCUGAUGUUGCACAAGAAUGUCGCCGAUAAGUUUUCGUUCGAGAACUGCAAAUUUAAGGUACAGAAAAACAAGGAAGGCACCGGACGGAUCGUCGUCUGGGUGCUCGGAGUGACCAACAGCUACACCCUGGAGGCGUCCUUCGGUGGCAGCACGAUGGGUGGCCGGGCCGGGACGCACUUUUCCACGGCGGACUACGAACACAUCGGCCGGGCCUACUGCGAAACGCUGAUGGACUACUACGACGAUAAUCCGAUCAAAGAAAAGCUCCGCAUGAAGAUCCUGACUCGACUUUCGAAGGAGGGCUCCAGCGCGGAGGAACCGCUCAACAUUCCCCUGUCGGAUUACUCCAGCGACGAAGGCGACACCAGCACCAGUAGUUCCGAAGAUGAAGCUGGCAAAGAUAGCAUGGCAGAACUGGAAGGCCCGUGCUGUUCUUCACUGAGGGUACCUCCAUCAUCUCCGGUUCUACCGCAGAAAUUCAAGGGAAACAAAAAGGGCAAAAAGCAAAGUCGCACUCCGACCAGACCGUAUCGGCGAAGAGCCCGCAAUGCGCACCGCAUCGUGCUGGACAUUCCUACGGCCGAACCGGCUAGCGAUUUCUUCGAGUACUCCUCCGACGAGGAAUCGUCUCCGGUGGGCGGUCAGCCUCACCAGAUGGCCGUGUCCGAUACGGAGAAUACGAUCAAGCGGAGCUUCCGGCGGCACCACAAGUUUCGCCAAUCGGAACGGAUCAAGAAGCUGACGAUGCUGGGCUGCGAAACGCAAUAUCUGAUGCCACCGGAACUGAUCGUACGGUCGGCGACGAGUCGAUACAUGUCCGAGGAGGAGGACGACAACAACCGGAUGGUGAUGAGCAUUAUCAAGGAGUUUCCACCGAUCAGCAAGGAGCGCUCGUGGCAGGGAUUCAACCGGAGGAGUGCGGAGAGAAACCGAGCGGAAAUGAUGAAACCGAUGAGCCCGGACCACAUCUUUGCCCAUCUGUCGUUCAAGCGGUCCAUCUGGACCGGAACGCACUCGGACGGGUACGUCAACGAAGCGGCGACCAUCAACUCCCGUCCCCUAUCCUGGGGUGUCCCACCAGUUCUGGUCAAAUCCACCCACUUCGACAACGAAGCCCUGCUGACUGCCUGUUCGCAGAAGCUGGCCGCCUGGAAGGACGAAAAGCGAAGCCUCAAGGAGAAACACUACAAGAGCAUGUCCCGCCUGGCCGCCAAGGAUAAGGAGAAUCGUUCGGCAGUGAGCAGCGCUGCCACCCGGGUGAAGCUGUCCCUCGCCGAUCAGUACAGCGGCGGAAAGCAGAAAGCCUCCUCCGACAAGAAGCAUAGCGAUAGUUCCGAAGGCAGUGGCAUUGCCAAAGUUCGGAGGAAAACCAGAUCGACCCUGAACAAAAUCGUAGAGAAAGCGGAAAUCAUUACUCACCUGUCGCGCAGUGCACGUUCCGGUCACUCCCGUCGGAUGGCAGUCGCCGCAGCAGCUAGUCUUCUCUCGUCGUCCGGUUCUCCCCGGAAGGCCACAAGCACCAGCAAUCUGCUAGGUCCGGUAUCCGGAUCGCAAACCCAACUGCUCGUUUCCAGUCAAUCGCUUAAAACACCAAUCCACACCGGUGGCGGCAAUAAGUUCAAAACCGGCGGAAUAGUCGUAACGGCCGCUCAACCUCUGCACUCGAAGCAACGGAAAACCGCACAAGGACACUUGCGAGCCGUCAGGACACCGUCCAAUGCACCCAGCAACAACAACAACAACAACCAAUCUUCUUCCACUUCACCGACCAAACUGCCCACGACGACCACAAUCGAUAUACAGCUGACCACACUCUGCUCCGAGACGGAAUCUGAAAAGAACGUCAAAAUUGUUAGGAAGCACAAAAAGAAGCACCGGAUCGGCAACAGGGACAAAUCGGCGGCCGGCAGAGUGCCGGCCUGAUCCCGAUAGGAUUGCUCUAUACACUACUCAACGAAAUGCAAAGCAAAUAU